AAGAGAAGAGAAGAGAGAGAGGGAUCCAGAAAGAGAGAGAGACCGCAUGCAGGGACUCUUAUUAUUGUGAUUGUUUGUUUUUUUGUACCGACCCGAUAUAAGUCGUCAUUACCGGGACUGUUAAGGACUAUAUCUGCGGCAGAGAGAGAGGGAGGACGAGCCUCCUGACAUUAUUUCUCUUUUUGAAAAGCUUCCAAAAUAGUCCUCUCUUUUUUUUUCCCUCCCCUCUUAUCUCUCCUCCUCCUCCUCCUCUUCCUCCUCCACCCUCUUCUUAAAAAGGAGCACGCGCUGCAGGGUGCCUUGUUUUUUUUUAUUUAUUAGUAUUAUUUUUGGACAGCUCGCGAGCUGGUCUACUCGUGCGCAAAGAGUGCGACAGGCGCGCACCCACCUCCAGGAGGGAGCUGUCCGGUGCUGAAGUUGCAUUUCUCCUCAUCUCUCUGCAUGGACGAGGACUAAAGCAGAGGACAGUCUAGAGAGACAGAAACAGAGAAGGUGGGUUUGAACGUGCAUGGACGAGGACUAAAGCAGAGGACACAGUCAGAGAGAGACAGAGACAGAGAAGAAGACAAGCGGUGUGUUGAACGUGCAACUCUUUCACCGGAUCAACUCGUGCGUCUUCUCCAAACCCUCUGAAGCCAAUCUCUCCCAUCAGCACGCUGGCCAGGCUGUCGGCAAGCGGCUGUGUUUGUGUGUGUGUGUCGUUGUGUUUGUGAGUGUGUGUGUGUGUGUGUGUGUGUGUGUGUGUGUCGCGACCACCAUGCCAAGGUCUUUCCUGGUGAAAAAGGUGAAAUUGGAUGAAUUCGCCGGAGCGGAUUUGGAGAACGUGUACCGCAGGACAGACCUCAGCCUGCGGCUCCGUGACAAAGCUGGUUACAUCAGCGACUACAUCAGCCCCGUUGUGUACGAUGGCGAGAGUGAUGGUGGGAUCAAGGUACCCUCCCCCGACCCCCUCUACGAUGGUAUCCACAGCGACUACGGGGCCCAUGACUCCGAGUCCCCUGACAGUCCCGGCUCAGAAAUCACCGACGGUUACAUCAACGGAGACGCCGCCGUGAGCGAGGGUUACACAGUCGACGCCUUCUACAUCACCGACGGACGCUCGAGGAGGAAAGCUAUCAGCAGUCCCCGAACCAUCCAGAGGCACACCUGCAACGAGUGUGGCAAAACCUACGCCACGUCUUCCAACCUGAGCCGGCACAAACAGACACACCGCUCGCUGGACAGCAAGCUGGCGAAGAAAUGUCAGACCUGCGGUAAGGUGUACGUGUCCAUGCCCGCCAUGGCCAUGCACCUGCUCACCCACGACCUCAAGCACAAGUGCGACGUGUGCGGGAAAGCGUUCAGUCGGCCCUGGCUUUUGCAGGGCCACAUGCGCUCUCACACGGGCGAGAAGCCGUUCGGGUGCGCCCAUUGCGGGAAGGCCUUCGCCGACCGCUCGAACCUGCGCGCUCACAUGCAGACCCACUCGGCCUUCAAGCACUUCAAGUGCAAACGCUGCAACAAGACCUUCGCGCUCAAGAGUUACCUGAACAAGCACUACGAGUCCGCCUGUUUCAAAGGCCCCUUCUCUCCUCUCGGCCCCCUAGAUGCAUGACCCCCGGCGUAGAUAAAACAACGGACAAAACUGCAGACAUAAAUUACCAUUAUCCUUACAAACUCAACUGCAGACACAAACAAUCUAUUUUUGGUCAGAAUACGACCUUGCUUUCCCCCCCUCCCCCUCUCUCACUUUCUCCCUACCUUGCUUUCCCUUGGAGCCUAUUCAUGAUGAUGAAGAUAGCACAAUUUUUCUCCUUGAGAUUUGCCCACUUAAGGAUUUAACUGAUCUACGCAUGCACUUCCUUAAAAAAACUCUUCACCUCCUCUUCCUCGGUCUAUUCUGGAUGGAGACAAUAAUACUAACACGGCUUCCUUCUGGCAUUUAGAUACAGUAUGGCAUCAUAUAUUUUGGGACACUGAUGAUGAUGAUGAGGAUGAUGACAAAGACAAUAAGUAAGCCUAUAGCUACUGGGUUCCUCCCUGCACUGAAACGCAGUGAAAGAGUUUCUUUCCUUCUGAUUUUGUUUCUUGGGGGAAUAAUAGUAAUAAUAAUAGUAAUAAUAAUAAUAAUACUAAUGUUCUGCUGCACCAAGUGACCAUAUUCUCUCCACUACUGAGGUAAAAAUACUAUUUAUUUAUUUAUUUACUUAUUUAUUUUAGCAUUUUUUGCCUUUUUUUAUUUGUUGUAUGUUUAUAUUUGAUUUGAUAACAAUGAAAUUAUACCGUUAACUUAUUUGUUGCACUUUAAUUUCUAUAUAUGUAUGUAGGAUAUUUGCCAACCUCUUUCUAUCACUACAGGCCAAAGCAUAUGUCACUUUUUUGAGUACUAUUUUUUCCUAUUAUGUUGUUUACCUUUUUUUUGUAUUACCGUUAUUGCAUGCAAAAAAAAAAAUAUUGAAAUCUAUGCCAACAUCAUAAAAAGCUUAUGAUUUUUUGCCAAAUUCCUAUAGAUAGAACCUGAGGGCAAUAUUUUUCUCUUGGAGCCUCCGUAGGACUCUUUAAAAGCAAUAAUCACCUAAUGCAUGGUAUUUUAUGAUGAAGUUAUGAAGUAUUACCUACUACUGUAUAGCAGUUAAAAUCAGGUAUGUUUUACUUCACCUAUAGUCAUAAACAGAAAAAUACUAAUAUUACAGACAUCAGGGAACAUGCCAAUGUAGUGUUAGAGUAUCAAAAAGAAAAAAGUCCUGUCUUUCCUCUCUUGUUAUGCACUGCCUGCCUCUUAGUGAGUAGAACUAAUGUAGGAUGUAGGCUAGAGAGGCUGGGAUCAGCUGCCUGCUGGGUGUGAGGCCUAUUGUAGGAUAACUAUAACCCUGACACACAUGUGCUUAGCUAAGCAUGAAAUACGCCUGCUAACAAUAACCAGGGGAGGCCGAACUUUGGAUUGGACCGCUCAACAUUUUUUACUCAGAUUGGAUGAUUGGCCAUUCAUGAGAGUUCAACAGUUUAAUAACGGUUCUGGGAUGUUAAAAUGGCCCUUAUGUGAUGGCCUUUAACAGACCUUUUAAUAACCAUAAGAGACAUAUUUUUGUCCUGAUACAAAGAAACAUAACAUAUGGUUAAUACAGCAAUCAGAUUGGAGAACUUUGCAAUGAGAUGCAACCCAAAAAUGCCAGUAAGAAUAUGGUACUUAACAACUCUCAGUAUGCUUUCAAUAGCAAACCAAGUCAACGUUUGGUGCAUUGUUGAAGUUGGGCCGAGGUCGACUUUAAAUGCAAUGCAUUAUUCAACUACCCUUCCAGUGCACUUCCAAACCAUAAAGCGUGCAUUCUUAAACCACAGAAAAAGCAGCACUUUAGCUGGAUGGUCCGACUGCAGCUUAACUGUUACAGUCCAAUAGAUACAUUAGGCCAAGUCCUGAUUAUUCUGCAGUAGGCCCCAUCUAAUCCUACUGGGCCGACCAUGGGCUAACUCUAUGAGUGACAUACCUACAGACAGGCUAACUCUAAUCAACCCCACCAAACCGUAGAUGGUUUAACCUUUGACCUGGGUGGCCAAUACCAGUGCUGCUGAACCCAGUUCUCUGCAGCUCAGAAACCUUUUCUACAGAUUCAUGGAGCUUCCUGAGAGACAGACUGAGGACACACAGAUCUGCACAAAACAUGUUUAUAUGCCAUAUGUAUUUAUUGUAACUUUGCAUGGACACACAUGCGCACAAGUGAGCACACAGUGCCUGCUGACGAGCUGUCGUGAGAGACACACAGGGAGAAUCUGCGUCUACAGGCAAGCUUCCAACAACUGAAAAGACAUGCGUUUAAUAUUCAGAUGUGAAUCUCUGACAAAGGAAGUUUUGAUAAUUGCAGUGCUUCCUCAGACAUGAGAUUACUCAAUAAGAGAUGGGGGUGACUGAUAUCCAACACCAUGUAGGGUUUUAGGGACAAAAGGAGAGUCUGCACUGAUAGAUGGACCCAUUACCUAAUUUCAGAGAUAAAGUUAUAGGACCUGUAUGACAUCAAAGGUGGUCAGAUCUGUUCUGAAGUCAAAAAGUCAACAUGUCCUAAUGAAAGUCUUGUGUUGCAGGAGAUACAAUCUAUAAGUCUUUUACAAAGAAGCUUUUUAAAAGAAAUAAAAUGUAGCUCACAAGUCAGUAAAGAAAGAGGCAGUUUUUGUUGUGACUGGAUCUAUCAGUAUGUGAGUCAGCAAAUUACAGGUCUUAUCUCUCUCCCUGAUGUGUGAACGAGAUUUGAGCUGCAAUUACUUGAAUUGUAUCAGACAUAGAGACACAUCAGUCACAGAGCUUCAACUUGUUAGGGCUAAAAUUAUUGUGUUUGUCUUUUUAUCAGCGAUUUUAAAGCCAAAAUACUUACAACAACUAUACAUACAAGUAGGUAAAAAAAACAUUAAAUGUGGUGCUUAAACACAAGUUCUACACAAAUACAAAAUUAAAAGCACAAGUUUGGCAAAGACACCAUAUAUGCUUCAUAUUUCUUAAUGCAUCUCGGAGACUUCGACCCCACCCUACCCUAUAAAUAAGAAUAUGCUUCUAUUUGAACCACCACCUGAGAUUUUAUUUCUCAUUUCCAUCUGAAUGAGAACAAAAAACGUAACAACACAAUUUCUACUGUAGCAACAGUGUGACGGGUACAAAGUUGCAGAGAGUCUCUUUGGCAGCGAUGUCUCUGUUUACAAAUUGUAUCAUUGUGUAUUAAAACUCUUUGCAACGUUGCACUGCAGUCCAAACGUCUUAAGGGUAUUUGGCUAAAGUUGUUGUUGGGUGGCUGUUUAGUGGUUUUGAGGCAGAAAAGCUGCGUGUGUGCGUCUGUCUGACUGUGCGUCUGUCUCUGGGUAAGCUCCAGGUCUGUCCUCUCUAAGCACUUCCAUUCUUGUCAUCUCCACCUUAAAGAAAGUAGCACAAUGAAACUAACUAGAAUUCAGGUAGAGAAGAAUUAAAAACCUUGUACUAGCUUGACCUCUCUUCUUUUUUUGUAUUUCCAAGUUAAAGAAUGAUGAUAACCUAAAUAAUCAUUUAUUGCAAGAGGGUUUGUAAAGAAUCCUUUGGAUUGAGACAUUUUUACUGCUGUAUAGUGAUAUCUAACACACCUUAUCUCAGGAGGUUUGGCUCUCUGUUGCAGAGGGAGGAUCUCCUGGGUUUUUUUGAGCCAGAAUUCAGACAAUGUAAGCACAAUGAACACAAAGCAUUUUGUGGCACUUCAUAAUAAAGAAUAAUCUUAACCAACCAGG